AUGCGGUCGGUGGCAUACUGUUCUGGAGCUGCAAUCUCAAACGAGCUGACGCCAUCAGAGCGCAAGGUGCAGCGGUCCGUCUUCGGCUACAGCUUGGCCAUCAGUGCAUGCCAGAAGUUGUCCAAGUGGCCCCAAGCAAUAGAUCUGCUGGACUUCAUGUUGCUGCAGGCAGUGUCACCAGACGUUUACAGCUUCACGAGCACCGUCACUUCCUGCGCGGCCGAUGGCCAGUGGCAGUUGGCAGCCGCACUUCUCCACGACAUGCAGGAGCUUCAAGUAUUGCCCAACCAGGUGACCUAUGCAAGCUUCGUAGGCUCCUUCGGAAAGGAAGGUAAGUGGCAACGGGUGCUCGAUGUUCUUUACCAGAUUCAGUCCCGCCGAGACUUACUUGACAGUUUUUCCUGUGCUGCUGCAGUCAGUGCCUGCACGAGGGCCACAAAAUGGCACUUGGGACUUCGUUGCUUUCAGACCCUGCAGCGGCAAGGGCUGACCUUGAGCGAGGUUGGCUUCAACACUGCCAUCAGUGCAUGCAGCAAGGGCAGUCUGUGGCAGGAAGCAAUGGAUCUCCUGCAUGACAUGCGCGUCUGCCGUCUUGCUCCUGACCUGAUUACAUACAAUGCCAUCAUCGCCAGCUUGGCUGCGGGAGGACAGUGGAGGAAGACCACGCAUCUGUUUGGUCGCCUGCCUGCUCUAUCCUUCACUCCCAACGUGAUAAGCUUCACAAGCACUAUGGUAGCCUUGAAGGCAUGUGAAGGCUGGCAAGAUGCUGUGAUGCUGCAUGGAAGCAUUCGGCAUGCUCUGCUACAACAGAAUGACAUCAGUUUCGGUGCUUGCAUCAGCUCGUGCGAGAAGUCUGGCCAAUGGUCCGAAGCUGUCAAGUUCUUGAGCGAGAUGCCUGUCGCCAGGUUGCGGCCUGAUAUGACUAGCACAAAUGCCGCAAUCAGCGCUUGCGAAGCUUCGGGAAACUGGGAUUUGGGCAUCAGCUCUCUCAUUGCAUCAGAACUCAUGGGCCAAACCAGAUCAGCAUCAAGUUUCAUGUGGGCGCUUGCAAGGCUACAUAUCAGAGAUCCUGUGGUAGUUCACGCGGCAAUGGUUGAGGCCAUCUGCGACAUGCGCAAGCACUUGUUUCAAGACACACGGCAGAUGUCCACCAUGUGGUGGGCUGGCCAAAUGCUGGGUGCAAGCAGCAACGUAUACACAGACCUUAUGACGGAGAGAACCGUGGCCCGCCUACCAGACUUCACUUCUAAAGAGCUGGUGAUGUCACUGUGGGGUGCUGCAGGAACUGGUAACGUGUUUGUUCGAUCUGCGCAGCAAGAGUGGGUCCAUCGCAUUCAGACGAUGCUGUCUUCGAGCCGCUUUCCCAUGGAUGAUUGGCAGCAAAUGCGAAGCCACAUUCUUGGCAGUCUAUGGGCCUGCACGUAUGCGGGCAUGGCAAGCGAGGCAUUUCGGCUGGCUGUGAAGAACGUCAUGCUUGUGGCAGGGCAAGCUUUAGAUGAGACGGUUUUCACAAAAGCCAGCACGUUGCUCAGCAGGUGCUUGGCUCGCGGGCAAACAAUUCAGCACAGAAUUCAGCAGGAGAAGCCAUGCAUGCCAUACGUCCUCUCCGAGAUACCCGACCUCUUGGUGAUACUCAAGCCACCUGGUUGGGAAGUGGAGGCUCGGUGGGAGGGAGGUGAGAUGAACUAUCGCUCGUUGCACUCGCUGCUCACGGAAGAAUCGCAAGAAUCGCAAAUACCUCUUGGCUCUAGCGCCCCCAUUUUUUUCGAUGCUGGGGCAACCUUUGGCUUCCUGCAUCGUUUAGAUGUGCCAAGCUCAGGGCUUGUGCUUGCAAGCAGAACGUAUCAAGCAUAUUAUGCUCUCAGCGUUCAGCUGGCUGCUGGUGAAAUACUGCGCGGGUACAACGUUCUGACACAUGGCUGGGUGAAUCACCAAAGAAAGGAAAUCAAUGCACGCGUUUACUGGCGUGGUGGCUUGCCGAGCCGCAGCAGCGGUCAGGGCAAGCCCAGCCGGAGCUUUCUGAAAGUGAUCCUGCACGGGUAUGUAGGUGUGGACGUCACUUCUGUAACCGUGACAGCAGUCAGUAUUGCAACCGGGCGCAGGCACCAGAUUCGCUGCCACCUGGCUCACAUCGGCCACCCUGUCUGCAAAGACGAUGCAUAUGCAAGCCAAGAAUCGGGCUCUUCCGAUUGGCUAUGGUGUCCGAGAAAUGCCUUGCACCGUUACAGGAUCAGAUUCAGAGACAUGCAGGGCCUGGAGCACGAUGUUGUGUCCCCGCUCCCCGUGGACUUGGCAGAGGUGCUGCAGAAAGUGACCUCUAAGACAGGGAGCCAGAGCUCAGUUUGCACGCCUCCGCCAGCAAUGGGGAUGGGGAGCUAA